AUGACGAGUACUGUACUUGAUGAUAUGAAUAUGUUCAAUGAUAUUAUAUCUCAAUUUAAAGUUUAUGUUGAUGAGAAAGAAUGGAAUGAGUUGCCUGAGCAAUUGAAUCGUUUAUUAUCUAUUUUGAGAUAUAUUAUUGAAACUUACCGUUUAAUUGAUUCGGCUGCCGUUCUGGAGUAUGCCGCUCAGCUGAUAGAUCUAUUCAAAGAUGUUAAUCAAACAGAGUAUAAUGAUUCCCAGCCAUUUUAUACAGUUAUUGAUCAAUUAGCUUUAUGUUUUACUGCUAAAAUGUCCGAAUGUUUUGCAACAAUGGAGAAUAACCAUGAUAUGAUGUCGAUACAAAAUUCCAAUACAAAUCAACAUCAUCCAAACGACGAAACAUUAAUGAUCAAUAUCUUGAUUAAUUAUCCAAACGGUGUUGAUAUUGCACAACAACAUUCACAUUUAUUAUCGAAAUAUCUUGGAAAUUUAAUACAGUAUGUUGAUAAAAGAUCAAAUUACGAAUUAGAAUAUACAAAACAAAUAGUGAACUUGAUUAAAGAUUUUAAACAAAUUAAUAUUGAACACAAAGAUUACUUGCCAGGAAUCAAUUUAUUAACAAAUACAUUUGAACAUGAAUUAAUUAAUUAUAAUACAAUGCAGUCCACAUGGCUCAUUUUACAGACAGACAAAUUUGUUGAGAAACUCACUAAUUGGCGAAAUUAUCAUGAUAGUAUAAGAAAAACGGUUAACUUACAAUGGGAGAAAAUUCUAAAACAGUUUCAAGAUUCAUUGAAUGUAAUGAAAAAAGCUCGUGCGGUUUAUUUUGAUCGUCAAGAUGAAUAUGAUCGUUGUAAAGAAACAAAUAACAAUCAAUUAUUUCAUUCUUCUUCUUCAUCAUCAUCCUCAUCUGAACAUUCAAAACAAAUAGCCGCCAAUCAUCUUUCAAUUGUAUCUCCAUCACCCUUACAUUUACAUCGUACAGUUUCAUCGCCACCAACAUUACCUGCGAACGAUGAUUUGAAACGUCGAGAAAAAGACAUACUUGAGAAAGAUUUACGAACAAAAUUAUAUGACUCAGAAAUGUAUCUAAAAUCGUGUCUCACUGAUUUAAAUACGAAACGUAGUGAAGUAUUGAAUACGAAAUAUGACUCAAUAACUACAUUAAAUAAAUUGAUUAUUAAUACAGAAAAUGUAAUUAAUCAUGUAUUGUACGAUUAUUUUGAUAUGUUAUAUGCAUUGUAUACUCAAUUACCAAAGCCAUAUGAAAGUGAUAUACUCAAAUUCAUCGAUCAAAAUAAACAAUCUUAUUUAGUAUAUUUGAAAAAUCUUCCAUUAUCAUCUUCAGAACAUGAUUAUCUUCACUAUGAGAAUUAUAUAUCCUUACCACAGUCUCUAAUUGUGGGAGAUGAACAAAUAAAAUCCACUCAAUCAUAUCAAGAAUGUGAUGAAUUUGUUCGACAACAAAAAUCAAAAACUAUAGAGAAUAAUUGUACAACAGCUUAUUUACCGAGUAUUGUUCAACAAUGUUGUUCAGCUAUUGAAAAAAUGAGUGGACAAUACAUUAAAGGUAUUUAUCGUAUAUCUAGUGUUAAAUCUAAAGUUGAUCAACUAUGUCGAGAACUUCGUAACGGAAAAUUAAUAAGUGAAAAUGAAUUAAUAAAUGAUUAUUCACCAAAUGUAUUAGCUAAUGUUAUUAAAAAAUGCUUACGUGAAUUAUCAAGUCCACUCUUGUUAUUGGGAAAAGAUAAAUCGAUCGAUUGUUAUUCAUUAUAUAAAGAUUUCAUGAGUGUUGCGAAAGAGUUAUACACUUUCAAUGAUAGUACUAAUAGUAAUAUUACUAGUCUAGUAGAAAAAUUAGAAAAAAUCAUUCAUGAACGUUUAUCCGAUGAUGCACGGUUAACUCUGCAUUGUUUACUCAAACAUCUAAAAUAUAUUUCAUCAUACGAAGAUGAAAAUCAAAUGUCAACAUCAAAUUUAGGAAUUAUAUUUGGUCCAACAUUGUUCAAAACUGAAAAUUUAACUGAAGAUGAUACAAUUUCAACGUUGCUUGAUGCACCUUAUCAAGCAAAAUUGGUUGAAUUUUUAAUUGAUAAUGUUGAGGAGUUAUAUCAAAAUGUUGAUGAACAACAUAAACAAGUGGACUCAUCAAAUUCUCAAUAA